AGGAAAAAAACCCACGGUUUUCAACAUGAUAAAGAAUCUUGACGGAUAGGCAGACAAACAGACGAACAGACUUACAGACAAACGGAGAAACAGACAGACAAACAGACGGACAGACGGACAGACAGACAGAUCGACAGACAGACGGACGGAGAAACAGACAGACAGACCGUCCGACAGACAGACGGACAACAAAGAGAUUUAUUUCCUUUUUCCUUUUGAUAUACGGAACUCUAUAAAGAUACUGUAACUACAUAAGAUAGGAUAUGAAACUUGACACGCGUUAAAUCUCAUCAUCGGCGACCCUAACUCUGUUUUUAUUAUCUUCCUUUUUUACAUAGUUGCGUUAGUAUCCAUAUUUUAUAUUAUCUUAAAUCUACGUAACUACAUGAAAUAACUAUGUAAUACAAAAAGUAGCAAGAAUGGAAUUGCUAUCUCAUUAUUAAAAUAAGCAAGUUAUAAAGAUACCUACAGUACUUCCACAGGACCGGUUUUGCUAAGUAGGUACAAAUAUUGUAUUUAAUUAGAUGUUUAACUCUGGCAAAAUAUAAAAUAAAUUCGCAACACCUAAUUCUCUCAUUAUCUCUCAAAUCAUCCGCGUAGGCUCUACUGUAUUGUUUAAUUUAACAUGUAUUGUUUAAUUAUCUUAUCAUAAUUACGAGUAGGUAGAAGUGAAGUGAACCAUGGAUUCUCAAGAAUUUCGGGAUUGCGCCAAAACAGUCAUUGAUAUGUUGGCCGAUUAUUACGAUAACAUAAGAGACAGGCAAGUUGUACCCUCAGUAGAGCCGGGAUAUCUGAUAAAAACUGCACCUGAAGACGCCCCAGAGGAACCCGAGAAAUGGGAAAACGUUUUGAAAGAUUUUAAUCAAACAGUUAUGCCAGGUGUGACACACUGGCAUUCCCCUCAAUUUCAUGGCUACUUUCCACACGGAAGUUCUUAUGGCAACAUAAUUGGGAGUCUCCUUUGUGAUGGAUUAGCAGUGAUGGGGUUUACUUGGAGAGCCAGCCCUGCAUGCACUGAGUUAGAAGUCGUAACUAUGAAUUGGCUUGGCAAAUUACUGGGUUUACCUCAAGAAUUUCUAAACUGUUCACCUGGACCGGGCGGUGGAGUCAUACAGGGUUCCGCCAGUGAAGCAACACUUGUUGGAUUAUUGGCAGCUAAAGAAAAAACAUUUCGAAGACUUCUAAAAAAAGAUCCAAGUAUAGACAAAGAUCUAAUAAAAACUAAAUUUGUGGCCUAUUCCUCUGAUCAAUGUAACUCUUCCGUCGAAAAAGCCGGAGCUCUUGGCUCUAUGAAAAUGAGGCUAUUACCAAGUGAUUCAAACUGCCAAUUGCGAGGAGAAACAUUGAAAAAAGCUUUUGCCGAGGACAAAGCUAAAGGUCUUAUUCCAUGUUACGUCGUUGCCAACUUAGGAACGACAGGCACUUGUGCUUUUGAUCCGUUAUAUGAGUUAGGACCAGUUUGUAAAGAAGAGAAUGUCUGGUUACAUGUUGAUGCCGCAUACGCUGGAGCAGCGUCAAUCUGUCCAGAAUACAGAUACAUUAUAAAAGGCAUAGAGUACGUAGAUUCCUUCGAUGUGAACGUACACAAAUGGCUUCUAGUCAGUUUUGACUGUUCCGCUAUGUGGGUUAAGGAUAGCUACGACUUGAUCAAUGCCUUCGAUAUACAACGAAUAUACUUAGAUGAUGUUAAAUCAGAAACAAGAGUAUCUGAAGCAGAAGUAACAGUACCAGAUUACCGGCACUGGCAAAUGCCAUUAGGUCGCAGAUUUAGAGCGCUUAAACUGUGGACGGUAUUAAAAAUGCACGGUGCACAGGGACUUCGAAAGCAUAUUAGGAAUCACAUUACCUUGGCAGAACAUUUUUUGAAAUUGGUACACGCGGAUCAAAGAUUUGUAGUCGAACCGAAACCAACUCUUGGUUUAGUUUGCUUUAGAUUAAAAAACGGUGAUAGUUACACUAAGCAAUUACUUGAAAAUUUAUUGGCUACCAAACAAAUAUUUAUGGUAGCUUGCACGUACAGAAAUCGAUAUCUUAUACGAUUCGUUAUUUGCUCGCGACUUACAACAGAAAAAGACGUUGAACACAGUUGGAGGAUUAUUACCAAUGAAGCCGAUCUCUUAAUAGGCCCGACUCAUAUAAACGGAACAUUAAAAGAAAAGAAUACUCAUUCUAUUAUAUCUACAAAACAUUUGGAACCUGUAAAUAAUGGAUGUGAAAAGUCACAGUAAUAAUUCUCGCAAAUAUUUGGUAGACAGACUAUAAGUACCUAGAUGUAUUUUAAAACCAAAAAGAAAAUGGGUAAUUCAUGACAGCUAAAGAAGUGAUCAAUUUGUCAGUACUUGCUUAAUACCAACGUGGCAAAGAUUUAAUCUAUACUAAUAUUAUACAGCUGAAGAGUUUGGUUGUUUGAACGCGCUAAUCUCAGGAACUACUGGUCCGAUUUUAAAAUUAUUUCAGUGUUAGAUAGCCCAUUUAUCGAGGAAGGCUAUAUAUUAUUCCCGUAUUCGUACGGGAACGGUAACCACGAGGGUGAAACCGCGCGGCGUCAGCUAGUUUAGUAUAAAUACAUUACUAAAAAUUGAGAUAUUAUUCCUAUGUUUUUUGUUGUAAGUUGAAAAACAUAUAGAAACAAGAACUGUUGUAUAAAAUAAACUUGGGAUUCAUGUUU